AUGGAGAAAAGAAAUGAGUCUUUGAACAUGGAUUUCAUUCUCUUGGGUCUCUUCCCUGGUAUGAAACAUAUUAAUUUCCUAGUCUCUGUCAUCCUCCUUAUUUACACCGUAGCUCUCACUGCAAACUCUAUCCUCAUUCUUUUGAUCUGGGUGGAUUCUCAUCUCCACACACCCAUGUACUUCCUUCUCAGCCAGUUGGCUCUCAUGGACCUGACAUUAAUUUCUAGCACAGUACCCAAGAUGGCAACUGACUUCUUCUCAGGAAGGAGAAACAUCUCACAAAUGGCCUGUGGAACUCAGAUCUUCUUCUUUCUGACUCUAGGCAUUGCAGAGUGCAUCCUCAUCACCCUCAUGUCCUAUGAUCGAUAUGUGGCCAUCUGCAACCCUCUGAGAUAUGCUCUCAUCAUGAAUCAGAGAGUCUGUCUACAGAUGGCUGCCUUCUCCUGGGCUGGAGGUGCCCUGACAUCGCUGGCACACACAGCAUAUGCCAUGCAUUUCCCCAUGUGUGGUUCCAGAGAGAUUUCCCAUUUCCUCUGUGAGGUUAUGGCCAUCUUAAAAUUGGCUUGUGAGGAUACCUCUGCCUAUGAGAAAGCCGUGGUAGUGACAAGCAUUGUGGUACUUUUCAUUCCUUUGUCCCUCAUCCUUUCCUCAUAUGUGCUUAUUUUCCUUGCUGUCCUGCGUAUGAACUCCCCUGAAGGCAGAAAUAAAGCCCUGGCUACCUGUUCUUCUCACCUGACUGUUGUGAGCCUCUACUUUGGUCCUGCUCUGCUAGUAUACAUGAGGCCUAGUUCUUACCACAGUCCCAAGCUUGAUCACAUUCUCUUUAUGCUUGGUGCUAUCCUAACUCCCAUGAUGAACCCCCUUAUCUACAGUCUGAGAAACAAAGAGGUGGUGAAUGCUCUGAAAAAUGUGGUGGGAUGUUACUUAACCUAG